UAGACUUGUUAUAUUUUAAUGAAAAAGAACGAGUAAUAAGUGUUGUAAUUCAAUCGAUUGAAAAGUAACGGUGGAUCAAAUGAUUUCAGUGUUCCCUACAGAAUUUAAAUUCGUGAAAUGGUGAAAAUAAUUACUUUCACUGUGUUAUAAAGAAAAUUUACGGAAAAUUUUAAUGAAAUAAAAAUAUUAUUAAGUAUAACGUAAAAACAGAAAUGUAAAAAAAAAAAAAAUUUACUGUAGUUAAAAUAAAUUCAAAAUUAACUCAAAUAAGUGUGCAAAAUUUCUUAAUUUCUCAUUGAAUAAAAUAUAAAUAAUAACAAUGUGUUUUAUAAUAAAAAUUAUACCCUGCAUUUGAAACUAGACAGUUGUUCUAAUUUCUGCUUUCAGAAACACACCGCAGAAAUAAAUUUUUAAUUUUAUUGCAAAAAAUAUAAAAAGAGAUCAAACAAGAAUUCAAAUCGCUUAAAAGCCAAGUGAAAGUGAAAUUGGAUCAAUUAAUUAAAUAAGAUAAUUUUAAUUGCUAAUUCGGCGAAGAGUAAAUAUUUAUUAUGUUUGUUAAAAACCCCAGAUUUGCAAAUUAAAUAAAAAUAUACUUAAAUUAUUCGUUGCUGAAUAAAAAAUAUUCAUAAUUGUUACAACGAUAACAGCUAAUACUAGUAAACUAAAAAUAAAAUAUAGAGUUUUUGAUUUAAAAAAACUAAAAUUAAUAUAAAAUAAUAAAAUAAAUUAAAUUAAAUGUUGAAAAAUUUUAAAAUUUUUAAAAGGGUUUGCUUAAUAUUUGACCGUUUCGGCAGUGAAAAAUAAUUACAGUGCACUAAAUGGAAACGAUCUAAAAAUCCUAAAUUCAAAAUAAAUCCAAGUAUAUACAAAAUUUAAAUAAUUGAAAAGGAGGCCAACUCUCUUUGAAAUCCAAACCCUCGCGGGAGACUAGAAAUGAGUUAAUAAACUAAAUACACUAGCUGAAAAUGGUGCAAGUACAUAAAUAAAUUGAUGUGUAUAGAGUGAAGAUAUCAGCGGAAACGGAAAGUGAGAGCAACUGGAAGAUUGAAAGAGAUUUAUCUUAUAAAUAAGUUAUGCUAAGAGUACUUAUACAUAUGUAUGUAUAGAGGCACAUAAAUCACAAGGCACGUAAUACAUCCUACGCCUUACACUGCUAUAAACCGUUAAAUGUACAUCACUACCCUUUAUAUACGUAUAAGAGGCAAGCAAGUACUCUAAAAGAAUACUCAUAUAUAUGUAACUGCGUAGCCACAGCCGCUGCUUCUUUGUCUCUAUUUAGUUGAAGCAGUGACCUUAACACUUGCCACACUGACCAACGCUAAUGAAUCAGCGACAACAACAAAACGAACAACAAUUGCAGAAUCUGCACCCAAAAACGAACAACUCGUUGUAGCUCUAACAACGAAUAACUGAACAAAGGCAAGCGGUGUAACAACAAUGAAUGUAAUCGCCAAGACCCAACAAUUCGCACAGGCAUUAGUUGUAGUUGGCUUCAGCAGCAUCACUGCAGCGGCCACUCAUGCGACGGCACACAAUCCAAGGACGGAUAAUUUACUAGCCGCAGCCGCAGCAGAAACAACUCGUUCUACUUUAACGCUAGCUGCCAGAAUGUUAGCUGGCUUACCAACAUCCGCCUCCGACAUUGCUGACUCGGCAAUAACGGAUAUGGCGGCGGUGGACAGCACGAGCAGCAAUGAAAGUGCGGAGGGUGAGGGUGUGGCUGAAGCAGAGCCGGAUACGUUGGAUGUGUUGCGAGAUGAAUGUUAUAAACGCCUGAAUGAAACCGCGACACAGUUUACAGCAGGUGAAUCUUACUGCGCCGGCACAUUUGACGGUUGGCUCUGUUGGCCGGAUACAGCCGCCGGCACUUCCGCCUACGAACGCUGCCCGGAAUUCAUAACUGGCUUCGAUCCGACAAGAUUUGCACAUAAGGAAUGCGGAAGCGACGGUGAAUGGUACAAACAUCCGCUCACGAAUAAGACCUGGUCCAAUUACACGACCUGCAUUAAUUUCGAUGAUUUAGAGUGGAAGCACAGCAUUAAUCUCUUUUAUAAGACUGGUUACGGCAUAUCCCUGAUAGCGAUACUCCUAUCUCUCGCUAUAUACACUUAUUUCAAAUCACUGAAAUGUGCGCGCAUAACACUCCACAUGAAUUUAUUCACAUCCUUCGCAGCGAACAAUUCACUCUGGCUAGUUUGGUACUUCGUUGUGAUACCCGAAACGGAGAUGCUGAAACGGAGUCCGCCACCCUGUGUUGCGCUGCACAUAAUACUCCACUACUUCCUGCUAACCAACUAUUCAUGGAUGCUCUGCGAGGGCUUCUACUUGCACACAGUGCUGGUGUCCGCCUUUAUAUCGGAGAAGAAAUUGGUGAAAUGGCUGAUUGCCCUCGGCUGGGGCACGCCGGCAAUUGUUAUCUUCAUUUACGCUAUGGCGCGUGGUCUCGGCGGCUCCGGCGAUGAAGUUAAACACUGUUGGAUGCAUAGCACGAACUUUGAGAAUGUUCUCGUUGUACCCGUUUGUAUUUCCAUUUUUCUUAAUUUGCUAUUUCUAUGCAAUAUUGUGCGCGUUGUGCUACUUAAGCUGAAGGCACCGGCGAGCAUACAAGGCAGCUGUGGACCCUCACGCACCGUCCUGCAAGCAUUCCGCGCAACACUCUUGCUUGUACCGCUAUUGGGAUUGCAGUACAUUUUGACGCCAUUUCACCCGGAUGCAGGCCAUCCAUGGGAGCAGACAUACGAAGUAAUCUCAGCGUUUACGGCCUCAUUUCAGGGUCUCUUUGUUGCCACACUCUUCUGCUUUUUCAACGGCGAAGUUAUUGCGCAAGUGAAGCGCCGCUGGCGUACGGCCUGGUUUAGCAACAGAGCGCGUGCAAAUUCCUACACUGCAACCCAGGUCUCGUUCGUGCGAUGUGGCCCGCCCUUGCCCGGCGAAGAGAAGGUAUGACUAAAGAGCUUGUCGUCGACGAAAUCGCGUCGCGCUUCCAGCGCCGUCACCGGACGCGGCAGCGAUGCACCAACCGCUGCCGGCAGCAGUAAAAGCGCCACACGCAUGCGCAGCAACAGCAGCGCACCCGCCACUCAAAAGUCCCAUGCAAAUGCAACAGCGACGCCCGGUCUAAUGGGAAGGUUUCAAUUUCUGCGACGAAAAACCGUCGAUCAGCUGCGCAUACGGCAGCCGCUAAUGGAGGAGGGCGGUUGUGCUGGCGAUGGCGGCGCGGAGGCGUGCAACUGGAAUAGUCAUAGAAAAAAUGCGACCGAAAAUGUGACGGCGUUAGCUGAAAACGCCACUACAGCAGCAACAACAACAACAACGGAAGCAGCGAACAACAGUGUACUAGCAGCGGCGACAACAACGAGUAAUUACUACAACAACAAUAGCAACAAUCGAAACAGCAGCAGCGGCAGUUAUAGCAUCGACGGCAGCAGCGCGGAGGGCAGCAAUCGCGCUGGCGGCAUUUUACUUGUCACCACCACAGCUGUGCACACGAAUCCCAACACAUGCACAUACAACAAUAAUUUGCAUUUGGAUGGCAACAAAAUCGCCGACGAGGCAUUGUAAGCGCAUUAAAAUGCCACCAAAUACGAAGCGCCGUUGAGUUGAAGCGCGAUGUGACAUGUGGCAUGUGACUUGUUGCGGUUGGAGGUGACUUGGCUGUAUAUGUGUAUGUAUAAGGUUUUAGUGUCAGCAUAGUUGUAAGUAAUUGUAGUUAACAUGUGAUUAACUGGUACUACAACAGUUGAUAUAUUUAUUGCAAAUUUGCACUGUGUAUGUGUGUGUGUCAGCCAUUUAGUGGUAAAUUGCAAAUAGGCUAUGCUAACAACUAUGCAUAUUUGUUCAGUUAACUGUGAAUUAUGUAUAAUUUUUCGAUUAGUUGUAAGUUGAAAAUGUGAAUGUCCAGAGGAGUAGUUAAUUAUCGCUUGGCCUUUUAAUGUUUUAGUACAAAUAUAAUUUCUUUAAGCCUUUCAUAUACAAAGAAUAGUGAAUUUGUUGAAUACAUAUGUAUGCUAUGCUAACUCACAACACAUUGUGCAAUAUUAUUGAUUACAAAAUGUGUUAGAUAAUUUUUAGAAUUUUAUUCGCUUCUAAGUUAAACUAAUUUGUAAUGUAUCAUUAACGGUUGUUUAUAGCACUAAGCAACAAUAUGUGACGAAUCGAUAGCAUGAUAUUUCCAUAUGAACACUUUUUAGUCUGCUAAUAACCAGGCAACACUUCACGUAACGACAUUCUUUGACGUUACCGCAAAGUGUGUUGUAUCUUUUGCCCUUUGUAGAAAAAAAUUACAAAUCAGAUCACAAUCACACUAUCUACCUAUUAUAUAACCACAAAUUGAAUUAGAACAGCUUUUUACUGGUGCCUAAGUGCCACCCUCUCGUACCCAUGGCUUCUAACUAACUUGGUUUCGCUAAGAAGACCCAGGCAGUCCACGUUAAACAGCAUUAGCGCUUGCGAUUGAGAUUCCUCAAAGUCUCUAAUCUUAUUACCCGCCAGUUGUGCGCAGGUAGUAAAGAAUUUCAAUACCUAAUUAUUAUCUUAAUAUAUACAGCGAAGAAGGGAUGUGUCCCCUUGUCCACGACCUCAAAUCUGACUGCUUUUCUCCAUCCAAAAGACUGGUUCUUUAAAAGGGACUAACGAUCGUUCAUGCAAAAAUAAGCGCCGCCAACCGCUCUAAUUCCUAUCGAGAUAUGGCACCAUCCGAACUCUGUGGCCUAUUAAGCUUUCAAAAGGGACGAAAGCAGUUGCGGCCUAAACCCGUCAGUCUUUGCUGUUGGGUAUCAGCCCAUCAUAUUCAGGUGGCGGGAUGCUGUAGCUACCAGCUUAGGGUUCAAGCGAAUUUGACUGCAGUAGUUGAAAACCGUAAAGGCCGCAGGUAAUUUAGCGCUACCCGAGAUGCUCGGAGCGUUAUCCACUCGGAAUCGAUCCGCACUACAUUUGAUUAUUAGGGUUUGAGGUGGCUUGGAAACUGAUUAAACUUUCCUUGUUGCUAUUUGGAGUAAUAAUCGUAAAACGAUCUUCGUCAUUCCGCCUUAUCUUCUAUACAUAGAUCCGAAAGUUAAGUGAGCAUUUAUUAUUAUAUGAUACCAAGUAUGGAAUGACCGAGUUUCCAGGGUAAAUAGCCAAUUACAUAUAAAUCUUUGAUUUUAUAACUAUACGAAGUCAGCCAUAAGCACCUCCUGACCAUGAAUAUACUAAUUACCGUCGAAUCAGUCGUCGUAAGAUAUAUGAAUAUUCACCCUUAUGAUAUUUUAAAAGUCUCCAAAAGUAACUAAUUUUUGGUUCUGAAGAUGUAGGUAUUUUAUGAUUUCUUGCUGUUAUAAUUUUUUUAUUUUCUCUUAACAUAAGAGUAUAAUUAUAUUACUAUAUGGGUAUUAUAUAAAUUUUACCCAAUUUAUCAGAACAUACAAUAAUAUGCAUUUAAAAAGCUUUAUAAAAAAUUAUUCGUGCACAAGUUAAAACUAACAAAAUUUUAAGUUUUCUUGUGUUUUUUUACAUAUCUAUGUGGUAUUUUGUAAUACUUAGUAACUUAAGUCGAGCUAAGUUUAAAAUUAAUACCAUAUGUACUCGUAUAAAUUGAUUUCUAUUAAAAAUCUGUGCAAAUUUCAUACACUCCUCAAAUCUAUUUUAACGCUAUUUAAAGCUUCUGAUUCUAUGUUUUUGUUUGAGAUAAAACAUUUUCUGUGCAAACACCUAAUAAAAAUAACUCUAAGUGCCCCAUAAACAUAACUUAAGCUAUUUUUACAUAUAAUAUUUUCACAGAAACUUACCUAGCUAAGAAAUUUUUGCAUUUAUUAAUACCGCAAUGAGUUCCAUUAAACUCAGUCUUCCUUUAAUUGCCUUGAAACAUAUACAUAAAGUAUAUUAUAGUUUAUAAAAAUCAUGUUAUUUUGCUGUAAAUAUAUAAAUUUGUUCUUAUCAAGCUCUGUAAAUUGCUUAUAAAUGAUGUUAGUGGAAACUUACAGCUAUUGUAAUAUAAUAAAAUCGAUUUUCACACGCCUAGA